GGACGGGGAGAGAGACGGACGGAGAGCGAGCGAGCGAGAGAGAGAGAGAGAGAGAGAGAGAGAGAGAGCGAUACCAGGAAAAAAGUGGCAAAGACAAAGGACUGGACAAUCUGUAGGAAAACAAGAAGGACUGUGUCCAUCUGCCGCGGUGGUGGACGAGCGUCCAGCUGUGACACGACGGUCGGGAAGACGCCAGGCGCGAGGUGUUCGUCUGCCGUGCGUCCGCAUCCGUUCCGGCGGAGGUGGCGCUCCGCGGCCAGCGGGCUGCUGAUGGAAAGAACUGCACAGCUGUAGACUCGGCGUCUGGAUGGAAAGAGCCGUCGACCCAUGCGGACGCGGAGAGGAUGGAAGAAGCAGACACGCGCACGGAGGACAACCAGUGGUAGCAUUUUGGGAGCGUUUUGCGUGUUUUUCUUUCUCUCAAAGUCCCAUUUGAGAGAAGGAGCUGUGUAACAGCCACAGGUCUCAUUUACCUGAGCACCUCCACCUCGCUCCUGACCGUGCUCGGAGAGAGCAGCUCCUCUCCUCCCUGGGCUGAGAGGUUGCCAUGGCAAUGGUUGUCGUGAUGCCAAUGUAGCAUUCUGAAGGUAGUAGUUGUGGAGGUUGUGGUGGAGCUGGAGGAGCUGGAGGAGGUGGUGGCGGCGGGGCUGAGAGUCCAGGUAUGGGAAGCGCUCCCUGUCCAGCUGGUGAGUGGAAGGGGAAAGGCCGAGGCGGCCUGCAGGAGUUGGGCUGCAUGCCCUGGAAGGUCAGCAAGCAGAAAGGUGGAGGAGGAGGGGGGGAUGUGGGAGUUGGUGUGGAAGACAGGAGGUCCAGAGAUUCCAGGGACUCUCAGCAACAGCAGCAGCAGCAGCAGGAUCUCUCGUCCUCCUCUUCAUCCCUUACCCCUCCAGCGCCGCUGCAAUCCUCUCUGACACCUCCAUCUAUUUAUCAUGAGAAGCAACGGAGGGAGCUGUGUGCCCUGCAUGCUCUCAACAACGUCUUCCAGGAUGGGGCAGCCUUCAGUCGGGACACACUGCAGGAGAUAUACCAGAGGCUUUCUCCCAGCACUUUGGUGACACCGCACAAGAAAAGCAUGCUAGGAAACGGGAACUACGAUGUAAAUGUAAUCAUGGCAGCCCUGCAGACCCGAGGGUUUGAGGCAGUUUGGUGGGAUAAAAGAAGGGACGUAGGCAGCAUUGAGCUGUCCAAUGUGACCGGCUUCAUUCUGAAUGUGCCCUCCAACAUGCGCUGGGGGCCUCUCCGGCUGCCGCUCAAGCGUCAGCACUGGAUCGGUGUCAGAGAGGUGGGGGGAGACUACUACAACUUGGACUCCAAGCUGCGGAGCCCUCAACCCAUCGGAAAUCCAGACGAGCUCAGGAAGUUUCUCCGUCAGCAGCUGCGAGGGAAGAACUGUGAACUCUUAUUGGUGGUCUCGGAGGAAGUGGAGGCUCACCAGACGUGGCGGUCUGAAGGCUAAGAGCUAAGAAACCCGGCCACAGGCCCAACGUGGCCGCCAAGCCAAUCACAGAAUGAGUAAAAGAGGACGUUGAACCGCGCACAACCAUUCACGCCGACGGACGUUGGGCAGAUUUUCCUUUUUCUUUAUUGGGUUUUGUUUACACAGCCAUUGCUAGACUCUUCUCUGAUAAGAUGCACAGCAAUGAAGAAGCAAACACUUUACAGGGAGAAUCAAAGAAUCACAAAAAAGUGAAGACUUAAAAAAAGUUCUAAAAAGCUAUUAUUCUGUUUCUGCUUUCCUUGUGUUUUUAUAUAUAUUGACUAUUUUUCAAUAUCGGUUUUGAUUUCUUGAUUUGUUUAUUUUUUCCAUAAUUUGUACUGCUCGAGAUUUCAUAGUCAUAGAAGUUCAGGCUUUCUGGAAAACGCUUGUUUAUCUGCCUGUCUCCUCCUUGCUUUUGUCAUAAACUACACUGUUGUGUAUUUAUGCUUCUUUCUCCACCCUAAUGUCAUGAGUCUCCUUCUGUCCACAUCCUGCCUCCACAUUCACCAGGGUGUGUCGUCAUCUCACUCCUCCACUAUGUACCUUGUUCAUGUGAUUCAUCACAUUGCCAAGUUUGUAUUUCAUUCACCUUGCGAUCGCUUCAGACUGGGCCUGUACUGUGUAGUGGCUGUGCUGGCACAAUAGUUUUAUAUGGCAACAAAGCAAUGCAACAACAGGGCCAAGCACUCCCUCUGCUGGAUGCUGGUCUCCAAUUGAUGAAAUGGUCACAUUUGCUUUAUUACUGAUUAGUAAUGAACUCUGCUUUUCUUCAAAAGAUAUUGCAAUACUACAACUAUUAUACUUUAGUAGAACUAUGCUGUAUUAUUGUAUAAUAAUGAUCAACUUGUUUAAGAAUCAAAUCAGAAUCUCCCAGAAUAUGUAACAUACAGUAGUAAGUGGCCGUACUUUAUUAGUUAUUGCAUAUUUCUAAGUGCAGUUGCAGUAUGGCAGUUAAUGGCUAGCUUUGGCAUAUCUCAACCUAACGUCCAGUAGUCAUGGUAACACUGAUGUUCCAACUUUACAGAGCCAGUGCAAGAAAUUUGAUAAUCAAUAAUUUUUCAAUCACAAAUUCCAGACUCAUAAAUGUUAAACAAUCUAAUGAACUACUUGACUUAAAAAAAUGGCUAUUGGUAAUUUUAGCAUCUUUACCAUUUCCCCUUCAAUGGCAAACUUAGUCUGGACUGUGUCAUAUGGAAAACUUUUUUAUUUAUUCAUAUCACUUGACUAGGGUCACUAUGAUGUCUUGUACAGUGUAGUGUCUUUUUUUUAUUAGUUAUUUUUCCCCUUUGGUUCCAGACUGGUCCAAGGGUCAUAACAAUAGCAGCCCUCUGUAGCACAGGAGUUUAACUUAUGCAGGGCUCCAAUUUUUAAUCAUCUCUUGUCAAACCUGCCAAACACAGCUUUGCAAUGUGCCAUUGAUUGUUUCCGUCCUAUGCAGUAAGCAGGGAUCUGUAAUGUGUCAGGCUUUGCUCUGUGGAGGGGUUUGGUGGUUGUGGGUGAGAAGGGACGUUGUCAGUUUGAUAAGCAGUGGAAGGAUGCAGUUGAGACUUAAGUGAGAAGAGAAUAAUCUGGAAAACAUGGAGGGAAAGCUCGGUUUGAUGGGCUGUUGAAUGAGUCCUACAAGAGAUUCCACUGUUGUAGCUUUCAGAUGUAUCAUCCUAAGAGGAACUGUUAUGUGUGUAUGUGUAUUGUCUGUUUACGACAACAUUGGCCUUAACUUGUUUACAAUAGGUAUAUACUUGUUGCUAUGGAGAUUGAGGGGGGGCUGUGUAUUUUGAUGCCAUUUUAGAUUUAUUCCAAAGCACCAAUUUAUCAUAGGUUUAUAGAAGCGACGGCUGAUGUUCAACCACAUCGUAAUUCAUCUCUGACAAUGGUUUCACUUUUCUCAGCCAAGGACUAUCUGUUAUUUACAAUUUUGAAUUUGUGAUUUUAUAAACACGGGAUUCUGUUUUUCAGUGGUGCAUGUUUUAUUUUGGAAUGGACACCUUCAAUUCAGGCUCAGUCUGUGCACCUUACAUGUCAUGUUCUAUCCAAGUGAACCUGCGGUGAACCAUCAGAGAGCUUUUUGGACCCCAUCAUGUUAUGACUAGUGGCUCACAGUUGAAUUCAACAUUAGCUUUUUUGCCAUGACAAUCCAUUCAGCCUUUCCUCUUAAAGGAAUCCUGAUUGUCACUGUAUUUUGUUUCUUUUUUUGCAUUGAAAUAAAAUGCUUACAAAUUGCACUUUA